UUGUGUGAUAUUUUGGUGACAAUUCAUUUACAUUUACAAAUGAAAAACAAUAGAAGAAAAGAAUGAAAUUAAAUGUAACCAGUGCAAUAAAAUUUUUAGUGGAAAAAGAAGUCUUCAUGCCCGCGUGGAAAAAAAUAUAUCUUUUUUUAUGCCCCGGAUAGAUCUCGAUCAAAAUGUAUUUAUCAUAUAUUUUAUAUAUACCCAGAUACAUCUGAAAUAUAUUCAAAAUAUAUCGAGUAGAUAUAAAAAUUACGCGUUGAGUCAAAUGUAUACGCCAUAUAUAUUAGAUACAUCCCUUGCAUACAUCUAUCAGAUGUAUAUAUAUAAAUACAUCUUGUAUAUUUCUGGUAUACAUUUUCCCGAAAUUUCCUCAAGAUAAAUAUUAAACAUUUGAAUCAGAUAUAUACGGGCUACAUCUUCUAUAUAUCUAUUACAUAUAUACCUAUUAGAUAGACACUUGUAUAUAUUUUGUAUAUUUUCAAUAUAUAUGAAUUAGAUAUUUUUCAGUAUGUAUAUAUUAAAUAUUUUUGACAUUUACAUCGAAAGUAUCUUGGAUAUAUAAUUAUUUCAAUUUUUCAAUGUAUUCAUAUUUCAAUUUCUAGUUCAUAUUAAAUUAAUUUCUAAAUUAAACGUGAACUAAUGUAACUAUUCUUUAGUGAUUUAACCAUUAAAAGAGCAAGUAAACAUGUUGCAACUAUUUUUUUUUAUCUCUAUCUUUUUCUAUCUUCUAUUACUUUUAUUGAUUUUCGCAUAUUUUUUUAAUAUAUAUUUAUACAUAUAUGUGUAUGUAUGUAUGCAUUAAAUUGUACGUAAAUAAAUAAAUAACAAAUGACUAUCUUUCCUUAGCUACACACACACUACCGACUUUGUUUUGUUUUAUUAUCAACAGAAAAAUCAAGUAAGACAGACCUGUUAAAUUUUAUUUUUUAUUAAAAAAUUCGUAAAAGAAAAAUUAUGCCAAAAGCUUAUCUGGCGUUAGUAAAAUGGGUUGGUGGGAAAUACAAAGAUUCGUUUACUCCUGGUGUUCCGGUCAGUUGGAUAGAAAAUUUCGAUAGAAAAAAAUUUGACAAUUAUAACAAAGAUAAUGACGAAAUUAUAUAUACAGUUGAAUGGAAAGAAAAAAAGAUUUUCAAGAAAUAUAAAGUCAAUGUAAUUAUGAUAUCAGACAAAAUGUCUGAGUUGGAAAAUAAAAUAAAAAUAUUGGAUGGUGAUGUAUCUCCAAAGGCAUUAAAACCAAAUACAUUGGCUCAAUAUUAUCUAAAGAAGCAAAAAUUAUUUGAUGAUGAUGAAAACGAGAAAGAAAAUGACAUUUCUCAGGUUGAUUUAAAGAACAGUGAAAAACCAGCAGAUAGAAAAGGCAAAAAAUUGAUUUUACAAAAGCACAAUAAUAUAUCUAAUGGUCCACAUCGCAAAAGAAAAUAUACUGAAACGAUAUUAGACUCAGAUGAGGAGGUAAAAAGCUUGAAGGAAGCUAGUGAUGAAGAUAAUGACUUGAAGGAAGCUAGUGAUGAAGAUAAUGACCUCAAUGAUAACAAAUCUCCUGAGCCAACUAAUCCCACACUGCUAGAUAUUUUAAACGCAAUAAAAGAACGAGACCAAAAAAUUGAGAAGUUGACCAAAGACAUUGAAACUUUAAAAUCUGGUGGUCAAAGAUCAUCGGCUGCUCGUCGUCCAAGUUAUUUGUCAUCUGAGAGUGAAAAAAAAAAUGGAACCAUCACAAAUGCAAUAGACUUGGAGGAAGGAAAUUUUGUAGAAGGCCUUAUAGAAAUCGGACAACCAGGAUCAGAUGUCACUGUCACAGACCUUCAAUGGACAACUGCUAUCUCCAGAGGUUCCUACAAGUUCAUGAGCACAUCAUUGGUCAUGAGUUUAUUUCCCAUGAACGUAUUAUUAAAAAGUAAUUACAAAGGAGGAAAAUGUAAAAUUAAAAAAGAUGAAACACCGCAAAAGCUGACAGCACUCGACACACGCAUUGUUGAUGCAAUUAAGUAUUCAGUUCAGCGGAAAUUUAAAAAUACAUUCACUUUGGUGGGAUUUGGUCAGGCAAUUAAUAGCAAGCUCCAUAAAUUGCGUUCAACUCAAAAUCAAUCGAAAGAACCUUCCGACCAGGACGAUAUCUGAAUGAUUUUUUAUUUUAAAGUUUUUCAUUUUCACAAUGUUACUGAGCGAAAUUCAUUUUGUCUUGAAGGUUAUAAUUUUUAUUCGUGUGUCCUCAGUUUUUAAUAAAUAAAUCAAAUAAAAUAUUAAAUAAUUAUAUAUAUGUAUGUAGUUAAUUGUUCAUUUAAUUAUUUUAUUUUUGAUUUUUUUUUUAAAAACAGAAAAUCCAUGUAUAUAUAUCUUCAUACACAGAUUGGAAAUAUUAAAUAUAUACACAUCAGAAAUAUUCAAUAUAUACAUUAUAUAUAUUUAAUAUAUAUACUGGAAAUAUUUUUUUUAUAGUAAAUAAAGAUAUGAGCUCAUACGUUAAAUAUAUCCUAGGAUAUAUUUAACGUAUACACAGUUCGGCGAAUUUCAAAUAUCUUUUAUAUAUCUACAGAUAUUUCAGGGUAUUUUUAAGAUAUUUAAAAAUUAUAUUCCAGAAAUAUUCUGGCUUGUAUUUUAGAUACAUAUUUUUCCACGCGGGUGCUUAUACAAGUUGAAUUCAUAAAAUUGAGCUGGUUAAGACAAUAACUGAAAACGAAACUUGUGUAUACUGUGAUGAAGAAUAUGCAAAUAAAACAAACUUGUAUUAUCACUAUUCACAUUGUCAUCAAGUCUCAGAGUAUCAAACUAUAAAUUGUCCAUUCGUAGGUUGUGAUGAAUCUGUGAAUAUAUAUGAGUAUACUUAUUUAAAACUGAGAAAACACAUUUGAAACAAGCAUCAUUAUCCAGUGAAGAUGGAAGAAUUCGCUUUUCUUAAUGAUGAUAGUGAUUACAAUGUUAUUUGUUCAUUUAUAUUCAUUUAAUUAAUAAUAAUUAGUGUGAUAUUUUCUAAUAUAAAUUAUAUUUAUUCAUUGUAAAAUAUAUUAUUUAUACAGAUUUCAUGGAUUGGAAGGGUAGAGUUAAAACUAAAAAGGCUGCACCUUUAUAAUAAAAGAUACGAAAAGCAGAGUUUUGGUAAUUCCAACACCAAAAGACAAUACACGGAAAAAAAUUUAUAGUUUUUAUUACUAUGUUUUAUGAUUAAAUUUACUAUACUUAUAGUAAAGUUGGACAAUGGCAAAAGUAUAAUUAGAUUUACCAGAAAGUAUAGUUAAGGUUACUAUACUGGUAUGGUAAUUAAAACUAUACCGGUAUAGUAAAACAAAAAGAAAAUUUUAUACAGAGUUACUAUACUGGUAUAGUAAAUUUAACUGUACUUACAGUAUCUUUUACCAUACAGUAUAGUAAAUUUAUGCUUUUUUUAAAAAAAAAUUAAUUAAAAAAUAAAAAAAUAUUUUAACAAAGUAAAACAUUAUAGUUUAUUGAAAAAAAAAAAAUUAUAUUCAAUAUUAUUAGUUAAAUAAUAAUGAAGAUAAAAUUCAAUAAAUAUUAAUAUUCAGAAAAAACAAUGUUAAUAAUAUAUGGGAUUUGAUAAAUUUUUAAAUCAAAUCUAAAAAAUAUAUAUUUUUUAUUUACUUUUUAAAAUAAAAAAUUAUUCAUUAAAAAACUAUACAUUUUAUACAAGUAUAACUACAUUUAUUAAAUUAAUAAAUAAAUAAAUAAAUAAAUAAAUACA